AUGGCCGCCACAACCACCACCAGCCUAGGCGGAGGCGCUGGCGGAGACGACCGUGUCCUCGCUACAGCUCAACAGAUCCUGAAAAGCCUAAAAGCUCCUAAAGAGGAUCGUGAAGACAUGCUAUUGAUUUUCUCCACCUUCGAUAACCGUCUCUCCGGUAUUACUGACCUAAUCAACGGUGACGAUUCUAAAUCCUCCGAAGACGAAGAGCUUGACCGUUUUGAAGCCGCUGAGAAAAUUAUACUCGAUGAUUCUUCUCUCUACACCGAGUCUUCUCGUCAGUCUACUUCGCUUUUUGAUCCUCCUAAUGAUCCUGUCGAGUAUUUUCUCGCUGUUGAUGAGAUCAUUCAGUGGAUCGAACAUUUCUCGAUCUCGCCGGAUCAUUCUACCGGGAAAACUGAUCGGAUCAUUUUGGAUCGUGCUGAGACCGCGAUCCAGCUUGCUAUGUCGAGGCUCGAGGAUGAGUUUCGUCAUGUGCUGAUUUGUAAUACCAUCCCGCCGAACGCUGUUAGCCGAUGCAGUACUAACCGGAGGAGUUCGCUUUCUUUCAGUUCCCAAGAUGGUGGUAUAGAUGAUAAUUCUGGGAGUUUUGGUGAGGCAAGUGAUGCUGGUUCGAAUAGGUUUCAUGAGCGUGGUGUUAGCCUAGGAGACGAUUUGUUUGUGGAUUUAGUGCGUCCUGAAUCAAUUCUGAAUCUUAAAGAUAUCAUUGAUCGUAUGGUUAGGUCCGGUUAUGAGAGGGAGUGUCUUCAGGUUUAUAGUAGUGUUCGUCGUGAUGCUUUGAUUGAGUGUUUGACUAUUCUGGGUGUUGAGAAGAUGAGUAUUGAAGAGGUUCAGAAGGUUGAGUGGAAGAGUUUGGAUGAGAAAAUGAAGCAUUGGGUGCAAGCGGUGAAGGCUGUUGUUGGAGUUUUGUUGAGUGGGGAAAAAAGGCUUUGUGAUAGUCUUUUUGGUGAAUUCUAUGAUUUGAAGGAUACAUGUUUCAAUGAAACUGCUAAAGCCUGUAUAAUGAUGCUGUUGAAUUUCGGUGAAGCCGUUGCAAUUUGUAAGAGGUCACCUGAGAAGUUGUUUAGGAUAUUGGAUAUGUAUGAGGCUCUGAGAGAUGCUUUGCCUGAUUUGGAGGAAAUGGUUUUGGAUGCGCUUGUGAUCAUGGAGGCAAAGGGUGUGCUCAAAGGACUUGGUGAGGCGGUAAAAGGGACAUUUGCUGAAUUUGAGAAUUGUAUUCGGCACGAGACUUCUAGAAAGCCAGUUAUAACUGGGGAUGUUCAUCCUUUGCCUCGUUAUGUUAUGAAUUACCUGAAACUGCUUGUUGAUUAUAGUGAUGCUAUGGAUUCGCUUUUGGAAAUCAGCGAAGAGGCCCUUUAUCACUUUAAAAAUGAUUUGGGAGGCGAGGUUUCACAGUUAGAGGAUUUGUCCCCUUUAGGCCGACAAAUACUGUUGUUGAUGUCGGAACUUGAACACAAUCUUGAGGAAAAAUCAAAACUUUAUGAAGACAUUGCAUUGCAGCAAGUGUUUUUGAUGAACAAUCUCUAUUACCUAGUGCGCAAAGUGAAAGACUCGGAUCUUAAAGAUGUCUUGAGGGAAAAAUGGAUUCGUAAACGCAGCGUUAAGGUACGACAAUACUCUACAGGAUACCUCAGAGUCUCUUGGAGCAAGGCCUUGUCUUGUUUGAAGGAUGAAGGAAUUGGAGGGAGCUCUAAUAGUGCAUCAAAAAUGGCUUUGAAGGAGAGGUUCAAGAAUUUCAAUGCAUGUUUUGAAGAAAUAUACAGGGUUCAGACAGGUUGGAAGGUGCCUGAUGAGCAGCUUCGUGAAGAGAUGCGAAUAUCUAUAUCUGAGAGGGUGAUUCCUGCAUACCGCUCAUUUGUAGGGAGAUUUAGCUGUCAGCUGGAAGGAAGACAUUCAAGCAAAUACAUUAAGUAUUCGCCAGAGGAUCUAGAGACUUUUUUAUUAGAUUUAUUUGAAGGAUCCCCUGCUGUAUUGCAUCACAUAAAGAGAAAGAGUGGAUAG